AUCGUUAAAGAGAGAAGAGGUGACGUCGGAAUUCUUAAAGGGACUUUCUGAAACGCUGGCCAAAUGCUUUGGUUAUGGCAUUGAACGGAUAGCUGUAGAGGUCCACACAGAUUUACGUAUCAUGGUUGGCGGAGAGAUUGGGGACGCUCCCUACUUAUUCUUGGAUAUGGUUGGGGUGGGGAUCAAGAAGGCUGAUGUACCAAAACACUCCAAGGCCCUUCUAGAAUAUGUACAGGGCGCCAUCCCAUCAGUGCAAGAUCCUGAUAGAUUUCUACUGAACUUCCAUCCCCAAGAUCCCGAUCUUCUUGGUAUGCGGGGUACCACUGUAACGGAAGUACUCAGGCAGUUGGGACUUGAAGAUAAAAUUGUUUAUCCAGAAAAAUAGAAA